UACCAGGUAGCUCGGGCUUUUAUCUUUGCCAUUGAGGAGAUCAACCGAGAUGUGCAGCUGUUGCCCAACCUCACCCUGGGAUUCUCUAUUUGGGAUUCUGAGAACUCUAUAUUCAAGGCUCUUCAGGGGAUCGAGGGCCUCCUGAAAGGUCAAGGGGCUCCAGUUCCCAAUUAUAGCUGCCAGUCUAACCCUCCCCUGGCUGCUUUUGUUGGAGAAGCCCAUUCUUCUCUCUCCAUUCCCAUGGCCAGAUGGUUGGGUCUUUAUAAAUUUCCUCAGGUUAGCUAUGCAUCCAGUGUGGUCAGUCUCAGUGACAAAACUCAGUUUCCUUCCUUUUUACGGAUAAUACCCAAUGAUCAAUCUUGGUCUCAUGGUGUAGCCUUAGUGUUGCAAUACUUCAGCUGGACCUGGGUGGCGAUUGUGGCUCAAGAUGAUGAUUUUGGCAAUCAGGCCAGCUUCUUAUUAAGUGAGGAACUGAAGAAGGCUGGCAUCUGCAGAGAGUUCCUCAUGAAUAUUCCCAACUCAAAUUUUCAUCAGAAGUCCCAACAGAUUGUACAGGCAAUGGGAACGCUCUCAGCCAAAGUCAUUGUGGUGAUUCUGAAUAGCUUCAGUUUCUCCCUUAUGUUAAAGGGGCUCUCAGGAAGGGAUGUCACAGGAAAGAUCUGGAUUAGAAGAAACAUAGAUGAGAAUGAUAUUGCUCUCUCCUGUCCAAACCUUUCCCAGACUCUUGCCAUUUCUAGACAAAAGGGGAAGAUUCCGGGGUUUUCUGAAUUCCUUGACCACCUGCAAGUAGAUGGGACUCCAGAGAAUGAUUACAUAAAAGCAUUUUGGGAAAAAAUAUUCAACUGCAAGUGGCCUACCCGUGGAAUUCCUUGUCUGGGUAACAGCACAGAACUUGAAGGAUCGCAAUUCUGUACUGGGAAGGAGCACCUGCAAGGCCAUACCAUCCCUUUGCUGACCUCAGAUACCCUGAGUGAGACCUAUGGGGUCUACACUGCUGUGUACAGUGUUGCUCAUGCUCUCCAGGAUCUGAGCUCCUGUGAAGUUGGAGAAGGACCUUUUGGGAAUGGGAUGUGUGCAGAUAUCUGGGACCUCCAACCAUGGCAGCUAUUGUAUUAUAUCAAGAAGGUUCGUUUCUGGAUCCAUCAUGGAAAAGAGGUUGUUUUUGAUGUCAAUGGAGAUUCUUCCACUGUGUAUGACAUUCUGAAUGGGCAAGAGACUCCUCCAAAUUCAUUUUCCUUGGUGAAUAUUGGUGUUGUUGAUAUCAGGAGUUCAUUGGGGAAAGAACUGACUAUUAAUGAAAGUUCCAUCAUAUGGAGAGGAGGACAAUCACAGGCUCCUCUUUCUGUCUGCAGUGAGAGCUGCCUUCCUGGAUUCAGUCAGAUUCCACGCCAAGGCUGGCCCCAUUGCUGCUUUGACUGUAUACCCUGUCCAAUGGGAUACAUUGCAAAGAACAGAGAUAUGGAACAUUGUGAAAAGUGCCCUGAAGAUCAGUAUUCAAAUAGUCACAGGAAUCACUGUGUCUCCAAGACUGAGGUUUUCCUGGGUUAUGAAGAACCCAUAGGCAUGGCUCUGACAUGUGCUGCUCUUGCCUUCUCACUAUUUACAGUUUUCAUUCUUGGAGUAUUUGUGAGGCACCAAGGCUCUCCCAUAGUGAGAUCAAACAAUGCAGUCCUCAGUUAUAUUCUUCUUAUCUCCCUUGCUCUUUGCUUCCUCUCCUCUUUGCUUUUCCUAGGUCAUCCAACCACAGUCACCUGCCUCCUUCGACAAACCACUUUUGGGACUCUAUUCACUGUGGCAAUUUCCUCCAUUUUGUCUAAAACCCUUACUGUGGUUUUCGCCUUUCAGGCCACAAGACCAGGAAGUACCAUGAGGAAGUGGUUGAGACCUGGAGUAUUUUACUCUGUGGUUUUUAUAUUAUCCUCCAUCCAAGUCAUUCUGUGUGCUAUCUGGUUGGGAUCAUUUCCCCCUUUCCUAGAUGCAGAUACCCAUUCUCAGCCUGAGUACAUCAUCCUUGAGUGCAAUGAGGGCUCAUUUGUUGCCUUCUACUGUGUUCUGGGCUACAUAGCCAUCCUUGCCCUGGGGAGUUUCACUGUGGCCUUCCUGGCCAGGAACCUUCCUGACAGCUUUAAUGAAGCCAAGUUCAUCACUUUCAGCAUGCUUGUGUUCUGCAGUGUCUGGAUCUCUUUCCUCUCCACCUACCAGAGUACCAAGGGGAAGGCCACAGUGGCUGUAGAAGUCUUCUCCAUUUUGACCUCCAGUGCUGGGCUACUGGGUUGCAUCUUUAUACCCAAGUGUUAUACUAUUCUCUUUAGGGCCAAUGGACACACACAUGAAUGGUUAAAGAGACCUCCAAGUGGCAGCCAAAAGGUCCAUUUGCACAUUCUUCCCUCAGCAACUUCUUCUUCUUCAUGUAGUGCUGGCAGAAGGCCAAUCAAGGGAAAAAUAUCUGUGAUGAUUAAAAAUUCCAAGAGACUGGGUUCUGGGUAA